AUGUCGAACCCUUUCGCCGAUCCCCACCACCAACAGGGGAUGGACUCGGUCAGUAGCACCCCUUUCGGUUCGGCUGAGCAUGUCGCCGGUGGUUCGCGUGUCGAAAUGACUCGCGCCAGAGCAGGGCGGCAAGUGACGGAUCGCUGAUCGCAGAUCUGUCGUGCAUCACCAGAACCCCUUCGCAGACCCAACGGUCCAACAGGGGCUUCAUUCCUCCGCCCACGAGUACGGCGAAGAUGCCGACUAUGAAGCGGCGACGACCAAGACACCCGCUGCAGCGACCGGUUCCGCGCCCGUCGAUAUGCAGAGUAGGUUCCAGGAUUUGGAGAGGAGGGAACAGGAGUUGCGGUCCAGGGAGGCGCAGCUGACCGCAAAGGCGGAACACAUCCGGAAGGUCAGUUGGGGAUUCUGGGAUCGCGAGAUGGGUUCACGAGACGGACGAACGGGGAGACGGGGAGACGGGGAGACGGGGAGACGGGGAGACGGGGACGUGGCUUGCUUCGGAAUAGGUUCGGACGAGGGCGCGGGCAAGAGAGUGAGACUGACAUGAUAUGCUUGGAUGUGAACAGCAUGGUCGAAACAACUGGCCACCAGGACCGUUCCCGCUCAUCUACCACGACAUCAACGAAGAGAUUCCCGCCGAGCACCAAUCGACCGUAUUGACCCUCGUCAGUUGAGCGCGUGGCUGGGAGGGGGAAACUUCGGAGGCUGAUCCAUCACCACCUCUGUGCAUCCAGUACCGACUGUGGAUGUUCCUCAUCCUCACGCUUACCGUCAACCUCGUCGCCGCGAUCCUCUUGCUCAUCUCCCAAGGUGGGUUCUUGACCGCGCACCGCUUUUGAAACUCCAGGAAAUGUAGUCACACCAAGCUCACUCUUUCGGCCGUCGUUCGUGUACCCCGCCCAUCAGCUAACAACGGGGGAGCAGAUCUCGCCGCCGGAAUCAUGUACUUGCCCGUCAUUGGCGUACGUUCUGCCGUCACUCGGACAGAAUCUUCUUCGCCCUACAAGGAGUCUAACCUCCUCCGAACGUUUCCCCAUACACAGGCCCUCUCGUUCUUUCUUUGGUACCGACCGGCCUACAACGCCUACAUGAAAGGCUCGGCCAUGUUCUUUUGUACGUCCUUGCGCGCCCGUCGUCCAUGUCAGGGGAGGAAUUCGGACCUAACUUCAAAACGUGUCUCGGCUUCGCAGACAUGUACUUCCUCUUUGCUGGUUUCCAUCUCGCGUUCAGUGCAUGUACGUCGAACCAUUCUCAACGCCGCGCUAGAGCGUGUUCUGACCUUGUGACCGUCGACGAGGUGCAGACAUGAUCAUUGGUAUUCCUAGCUCGGGCUCGGCCGGCAUCAUCAACCUCAUCUGUACGUCCCGAGGCGAGCAAGAAAACGCUAUGGGCUCAUGGCUCGAGCUGACGGAUGGAUUUUGUACUUUGCUUGCUCAGCACGUUUCGCGACGGGUCAUCUUGUCGCCGGAAUCUUCUGCGCGCUCGCGACGGCGUGCUGGGUCCUGCAGGGUUUAGGCAGUUUGUGGAUGUACAAGCAGGUGAGGGGACUCGCGAACUCUACAUUCAUUCUUUUCGAGGUCUCCACGAUUGAUGAUUCGAUGUUCACGGCAGGUCUACGCCCAUUCGGCGGGCGAGCAGGGCCACACCUUCUCCGAGGCCAAGCAGGAGAUCUCCAUGUACGGCCUCAAAGCAUGUAAGCAACACUCCCCAUCGUCACGUGGUUAUUACCCGAAUUGCAUCGGACUGAUUGUGUUGUUUGGGUUUGUUGUAGAUCUGUUCAACUCGAACAAGGUCCCGAACCAACCGAAUCAAGGGCCGUGA